AGUUCCAUCGUCUCCGUGCUGAUUGCGAUGUAUACUGCGCGCUGCGGGGUUGUCUUUGACAUGCGGUCUGGAUACUGAGCAAAUAGACAGGUCUUUCACUGCUACAUAUAAUGACCUCAUUAGAUGCGGGAUCUGCAGGCUCCAAAGACAACAUUCCAGCCCCCUUUUUAAAAACCCAAUUCUUCUCUUCUUCCAACGGACCAUUCUAGCUUUGUUUUUAAAUAAACGUGGGAGCAUACUACGCAUACAGACUGGCGCGAUUCUGCAGCGUACAGGCAGCGUUGUACUGAGCUGGACCGAGAGUACAAUCCAGCGGGAUUGAGAGGCUCUGUGUCAACCGGCAAGCGCACGAGGAGAGGCACAGUGCCCGCUGUGAGAUUGAAAAAGGGAAAAUGUAAAAUAUGUGAGACUUCAAAAUGGAAGUAGAGAUUACGGAGUGGGGAAGAUAGGGAGGGCGACAUCCGUGGUGAUUUUUUAAGAAAGACCAACAUCAUAAAGAAAGACUAGACCCGUUUUGGACAGCGUGCCGUUUCGGAGUUGCAUCCGCACCAGCUACUUGACCGAUUUUGUGUGGCUUCGAGGGAAACGUCUCGGGAGCAGCAGGAAUAUAUAGUUUCAGUUCUUGUUUGUGGUGCGUGUGUGUGGGUUCCGUACGCACGCAAAGUCUGCUUUGGGGAAAUCACGAUCCCACAAGUUACUUUGACUGGAUGUCAUUCGGAUGACAGACAACAGAACAGCUCCUUAAACAACCUGAACUUCUCUCUUGAAUUGCAGUGGCAGGUUGCCGGGAGACGAAGUCUGGAAUUUUCAGACUGAGGUGUUGAAGCUCUACCCCAUACAUGGUCUUAGCAUUUUGAGAAUGACUUUUUCAUAAAGAGAAGAGGAUUUCAGACAGACUAAAUGGGUAUCCAGUGGGCUGACACGGCAGCAUAGACAAAGGCUCAGCUAUUAGCCAUUAGCCACAAAAAUGUCCUGGCGAUCUGGCAUCCAGUGGCUGAUAACUGGGGAGAAGCUGUGGUAAGCGAUCAUCUUUCACGCCACCACCGAGCGCUCAACUUUCACGGCAUGGCCCCUCCAUCAGCUCCGUCUCCUGGGCUUGCAGUGGGGACUUAAAUAGGUAGGGGGGAGCACUGGUGCGGUCAGACACUGGAUACGCUCACCACAGGGGAGAGCCAGGCUGCUUGUACUGUGCUCUCUGGCAGGGAGAAGACCUCAUCGCUUUUCCCAUCGAACCCGUUUCCCCAACUGGCAUUUUCUCUGCUAAGAUUAAAAAAGACUAUAUUAUCUUUUUUUACUCUUUUUUUUUUUCUUUUUUGAAGUGAGCAUCUCAACAAGCCCCCGGGUGACCGGUGCUCGCCUCUGUUGCUUUAUGUUUGUCCGGCGCCGCUGUGUGUCCGAGGGGCAGUGGAACACGGAAUGGCGAGGCCACUGCUGAAGCUCCAGAGAUACUUCCGCAGGAAGCCCGUGCGCUUCUUCUCCUUCAUCAUCCUCUACCUGACGGCGGGCAGCCUGGUCUUCUUGCAUGCAGGAUUCACGGGCCAGACCACCGGGAGCGGCCGGGAUCCCCUGGCGCCCGAGACGUCGAACGGGGCCUCCGAUGGGCGUGGCUUCAGCCUCAUCGGGAGGGUUUUCCGGGAGACCCGCAGGCCAAUGCGGAGGUACGGCCCGCCGUGGUUGAAGUCGACCACCCAGGACGCCGCCGAGCGGGGGAGAGGCGGGGACUACACCAGCGGCUGGAACCGCGCCCUCAAGGGCCGGAACACUAAAGACCCGGAGGAAGGAAGAGCGAAGUACAUCGGCUGCUACAUCGAUGACACACAAAAGAGAGCACUCAGGGGAGCGUCCUUUUUUGACUACAGGAAAAUGACUGUCUUCCGUUGCCAGGACAACUGUGCUGAAAGGGGCUACCUGUAUGCAGGUCUGGAGUUUGGAGCAGAGUGUUACUGUGGUCACAAGAUCCAGGCAGCCAACUCGAGCGAGAGCGAGUGCAACAUGGAGUGCAAGGGGGAGAAGACCAACCUCUGUGGGGGAGCCAAUCGGCUGUCCAUCUACCGGCUGGAGCUGAGCCAGGAGUCAGCAAGGCGCUACGGCAGCGCCAUCUUUAAAGGAUGCUUCAGGAAACCCGACAACAUCACCCUGGCUCUCCCCGUCAGCACCAUCAUCGCGAACAUGUCUGUGGACAAGUGUGUGGACUUCUGCACAGAAAAGGAGCUUUCUUUGGCAGUGUUGGCGGGCGAUUACUGUCGCUGUGGCUUCCCCACGCCCCGCUUCACUCUACAUGAGCGCGAGGAUGAGGAGCUUUGCCUGAGGCGCUGUCCUGGGGAAGAGUUUGAGAGCUGUGGCACAGAAGAAUACUUUCUGGUGUACCAGACACAGGUGCAAGACAAUCGCUGUAUGGACCGCCGUUUCCUGCCAGCACGCUCCAAGCAGCUGAUGGCUCUGGCUAGCUUCCCUGGCGCAGGGAACACCUGGGCCCGGCACCUCAUUGAGCUGGCAACUGGUUUCUACACUGGCAGCUACUACUUUGAUGGCUCCCUUUACAACAAAGGUUUUAAAGGGGAGCGUGAUCACUGGAGGAGUGGGAGAACUAUCUGCAUCAAGACUCAUGAGAGUGGCAAAAAGGAAAUUGAAGCAUUUGAUUCCAGUAUCCUGAUGAUCCGCAACCCCUACAAAGCCCUUAUGGCUGAGUUCAACCGCAAAUAUGGCGGCCAUAUUGGCUUUGCCUCACAGGCUCACUGGAGGGGAAAAGAGUGGCCGGAGUUUGUGAAGAACUACGCUCCGUGGUGGGCUUCCCACACGCUGGACUGGCUGAAGUACGGCAAGAACGUGCAUGUGGUCCACUUCGAGGAGCUGAAGAGGGACCUCUUCACCCACCUGAAGAACAUGGUACUUUUCCUGGGACUGGAGGUGUCUGAGGACCGCCUGCUGUGCGUGGAGGGCCAGAAAGACGGCAACUUCAAGCGUUCUGGCCUGCGCAAGCUGGAGUACGACCCCUACACCCCCGAGAUGCGGACCGCCAUCGACAACCUCAUCAAGACGGUGGACAGCGAGUUGAAGAGGAGGAAGCUGUCGGGAGUGCCAGAGGAAUAUCGUCCGAGAUGAUACACCCUCCUCCCCCCCCUCCAACUCACGUUAUGUCUCUCUUUUCCACCCUCCCAAUCCCUUCUUCCUUAGAAAGAAUGUUAGAAAAAAAAAAAAGAGCAAUCGGCACACUUCAUGAUAUCAGUGCCGUCUAAGGAUGGCAGUUUGCAAUAGUGAUGAGCACGCAGUUAGCACAGCACUCUUGGGUGGGAGCAGGGUUGUAAUUGCAGGCAUUUGAUGCUUUGGAUGCUGCUGAGAAGUGUGAGUGUUCCUUCUGAUGCACAGGUGUGUGUGAAGUUCAUGCCUUAAAUUGAGUUGUUGCUUGUUAAAUGACGAUA